AUGCGCUGUUUGUCGUGCUUUUAUGAUUGUUUUCGACGCAACAAUACUGAUGUGUCAACUACCGCUAAUUCUUCCACUGACAACUUAUCCACAGCUGCAAGUUCUUCUGUCGCGGAGGCUUCGUCCGUCAUAAACUCUACGCCUUCAAGCCAAACAAAAGGCAAAGUGACCGAUUCAUAUACUUUGGGCAAAGUUAUUGGCUCAGGUUCCUACUCUGUUGUACGUGAAAGUGUUCACAUGAAGAGUAAGCGCAAAUUUGCUAUCAAAUGCAUUAAACGAUCCGAACUCUCGACUGAUGACGACGCGGCCAUUCAAUUUGAAGUCUCGAUAUUGAAACAGAUGAAACAUCCGCAUAUUAUGACACUUGAAGAAUUUUUUAUUGAGCCUGAAUACUAUUAUCUUGUAACAGAGUUUGUAAGUGGUGAUUCUCAUUGA